AAAAGGGAAGUCACUCUAAAUUCAUUCCAGGAAGGAAUUUUGGGGAAACAAAAAUGACUUUGACAGAUCUGAUAUUUGUGAUUCUUCUUUCGUCUUGCCACAUAUUUGCAUUUAGUGUAAGAGAAUUACAGACCAGACUGGGUCAGGUACAAAAUGAGAGACUGAUCCAACACUUGAAUGAGAGAUUAAUCAUCCAUGGUGGCAGGAACGGAGAGUGUCAUGUUGUGGGCUACAAUGCUGGCUGCUGUCAACAUGUAGAACUAGAUGAAGUGGAUUUAAAUAGUACAGUGUGUGUUAAUUUCACAUAUUUACCAACAGACUAUGGUAUUUCGCUCACUCUGACUUUUGAUGGGAAGGCCUUCAUCAAUGAAACAGUUUCAGCUAAGAGUCCUCCAGCAUUAUGUGCAGAGCUGCCAUACACCAAGAAAAUAGCCAGUAUGUGCCUGAAAUUCUUCAACCUUGACCUUUCUAACUCAACAUUUAGUGGAUGUGUCAAGAUUAUCAUAGACCUGGCUUAUAUAACUAUUGCAGAUUACGAACUUGGCUGUUUUAAGAUUCCACCAAAAGGUCUCAGAUCAAAGAUCCUUACACAAAACCAAUGGUCAGGUUCCAUGAAAAAGCUAAAUCUGAAGCCAUUUGCCUAUGACAACAUCAACGAGAAUCCAUUAUUGACCUUUGAGAAGACCAAUCAGAAUGCCAUUGAAAAGUUCAAUGCAAUGUGGAUUAAAAACAAAUUGUACAGGAGAUUUACUUAACUUACAAAAAUUCUUGAAUUCAGUUGCCAGUCCAUCAAAUUAACUUAAAAAAUGUUGUAAUUGGAGCAAAAAAUAGGGGGACAUUUUACUUAAUAUGAUGUGAUAUUUUUGGAGAAAAUGUCAGAAGAUACAUGUUGCUUUAAAAGAGGCAAGAAUUAUGCCUGUUUUUAUACGACCGCAAAAAAAUUUUGUGUCGUAUAUUGUUAUUACGUCGUUGUCGUCGUCCGAAGACACUUGGUUUCCGGACAAUAACUUUAGUAUUUGUUAAUAGAAAUCUAUGAAAUUUAAACACAAGGUUUAUUACCACAAAAGGAAGGUUGAGAUUGAUUUUGGGGGUUAUGGUCCUGACAGGUUAGGAAUUAGGGGCCAAAAAAGGGGCCCAAAUAAGCAUUUUUCUAGUUUUCAGACAAUAACUUGUAGAACGGUGUAUGGAUCUCUCUGAUGGUUAGGAUGGCUUUAGGGGGUAAUGGCUCAAACCGUUUAGGAAUUAGGGGCAAAAAGGGGGAAAAAUAAGGGUUUCCUUGUUAAUAGACAAUCAAUUUUAUGUACAAUUUUAAAUUUAGAUUGCUUCCCUUACACUGCUUUAAAAUUA